GUACAAUACAGUGCCUACUGCCGUGCCUACCGCCGUGCCUACCUAGUACCGCCGUGUUUAUAGCCAUACCUGCCGUACCUACAGUCGUGCAUACCACGCUGACCGUGCCUUCCUCUAGGCAACUACCUAGGAAAAAAAAACUCAAAAUAUCACGCCGUUACAAUAUAAAUUCACAAUGCCACCACUCUUUUCUUCCUCUUCAACCCGAGAUUCGUUGGACAACCAACGUUCACAAAACCUCAAACGUGAACAUUCUUCACAUUCCCACUCUUCUACACCCACCCCAUUUACUAACCACCCACAACUUGAUUUUCCUGAUGAUAAGAGUCUUCUCGGGAUUGAUCGCCGAUCUGUGAUAGAUCAAGACUUGCACGAAAAGGAUAAGAGAGAAGCACUUCUGCGCGAAGAAUAUUUGCGAGUACAACAAAAACAAGAAGUGCGCCGCGAAAAGGAGCGAGUCCGAGAAUUAUCGCGCCGACAAAGUUUCAUUCAAACACACCACGACAAGCCACUACAACAAAAUCCUCAUGGUGUUCCUCAAUACAAUCUGACACAUCGGCAACAUCACAGACACCAACACCAACAACCACUUCAGCCGAAGCAACAGUUUCAACCCCCGAGAAUAAAAAGAGAAGCAUCUGAAGUUGAACCUAUUCUCAGAUUUGCAAGAGCUAUCCGGGACCGUUUUCCUGGCAGACCUCAGUUUGCCCAGGAAUUCUUGCUCAUGAUGGGGUCCGAUAGACCCGCCGAGGAUUUCCUCCCCGAUGUUUCUGACAUGUUGCGACGUGCGCCUGAGCUUGUCUCGGAAUAUCAGACAUCGAUGAGUGCUUUUGAUCAAAGCCGAGCCGAGCAGGUUGAGCAGCCUGAUCAGGCUCGACAGCCUCACCAGCCUUAUGUACCUAAGCUACCUCAGCUUCAGCCAGACCAAGUUCUGCGCUAUCCACACCGACCCUCCGAUGCUCACCCGCCGACUCCUGUUAGUGGAAAUAGCGAUGACCAUUAUGAAGACGAAGAUGACGAUCAGGUUGAUGAAGAUGAUGAAGAUGAUCGUCCUGAUUUUGCGCACGAUGCAUCGCCUAUGGAAGCUCCACGGGCGCAGGAGCGCCAGGCUGUGCAACAACUCUUGCACCUGCCCGAGAUUGAUAUCCGCCCGGAGCAACGAAAGGCCACGCCUGUUGCCAUGUCUUGUACGCUAAUGGACCACCAAAAGGUUGGUCUUACCUGGUUGAUGGAACAGGAAGAUGAUCCGAACAAGAGAGGCGGUAUCCUAGCAGAUACCAUGGGUUUGGGAAAGACCAUUCAAUCACUUGCCUUGAUCUUAGCGCACCCACCCACGCACCCUGCCCGCAAGACCACGCUUAUCGUCGCCCCGCUUGCCCUACUGAGACAAUGGGAGCGGGAAAUUGAGUCGAAGGUGAAGCCCGCGUACAGACUCAAGACCCUCUUAUAUCAUGGCCCCGAAAAACGUGGAGUCACGGUCGCUAAGCUCCUCGCUUACGACAUUGUGCUGACCACCUAUGGGACAAUUACUUGGGAAUUCAAAGCCAUCGACGAGGGCAAGAAGACGAAGAAGCCCGUUAUCCUCAGCGAACAUGCUUUCUUCCAUCGAGUCAUUCUUGACGAAGCCCAUCACAUCAAGACUAGAACGGGAAAGUCUUCUCAGGGUACAAAUAAGAUUAAGGCGACGUACCGGCUCUGCAUGACGGGUACUCCAUUCAUGAACAAGGUGAAAGAAAUCUAUGCUCUCAUACGUUUUCUUAAGAUCAAACCUUACGACGAAUGGAUCCGAUUCAACUGGGAUAUCAAUAAACCAAUUGAGAAUUGGGGCGGCGAUGCUGGCGAUAGGGCCAUGAGAAAACUUCAAACCCUCUUCAGAAGCAUCACCCUGAGACGGACCAAGGGAAGCGUGCUUGAUGGCAAGCCAAUCCUUCGAUUACCUUCUCUUUUUAGAGAGGAUGCCAUGACCCAGUUCAACGAGGACCAGAAGGCCUUCUAUACUGCUCUCGAACUUAAGCAGCAACUCGAGGUGAACCGAUUUCUGAAGAAGGGAAUGAUCAUGAGGCAGUACACUUACAUACUGGUGUUGCUCCUCCGUCUACGCCAAGCUUGCUGCCAUCCGCACCUCAUUAGGGACUUCGGCAUCCCAGAGGGUAUACAACUUUCGGCGGAUGACAUGUGCAAGCUUGCUUCCAAGCUUAGAAAAUCAAUUGUCGAAAAGCUCAAGGGCCAAGAGGAAUUCCAAUGCCCACUCUGUCAUUCAACAACUAAGAACCCGCUUAUCAUAUACCCCUGUGGCCACCCGGUGUGCAGCACAUGCUUUUCCGCUAUGACAGAAGUUAAGGGUCCAGAUACCCAAGAAGAGUUCCCAUGCCCCCAGCAAGGCUGCGCAUUGAAGAUGAAACCCGAUAAGGUUAUAUGCUACUGCUAUUUCCUGGAGAUUCACAUGCCCCAGAAACUUCGAGCGGGCGCCGAAGAUGAUUCGGACGACGAUUCGGAUGAUGACUCGGAUUACGACUCAUACUAUGAUGACGAGGACGAUAUUGAUGAUCGUGGAAACCUCAAAGAUUUCAUUGUAUCUGGUAGUGAAGACGAGGAUGAGGAUGAGGAGGAAGAUGACGAAGGCGAUGCUGAUGAGUCUGAGCAUUCCGAACUAGAUGAUGACUCGCUUAAAGCUGUAAAGCCUGAACACCGCUCGGAGUCAAAUCAUGAGGAAGUUACCAAGAAAGAAAAGACGGAUGAGAAGAUUCCCGUAAAAGAGGGAUCGGCGGAGAAGGGGGGUGCGGACGACUCCGACGCUGAGUCCCUGGCGUCUCUGACGACAAUCUGGAACCGAAAACGACUUGCAUCGACGAAGUCUAAAGAUGAUCCCGCGGAGUCUAGCAAGCGUAAGAUCACGCCUGAUUCAGAAUCAGACUCGGAUGCGCGAGAGUGGAAGCCGAAGCGCUCUCAUGGUAAGCGAAAGCGGACUAACAACGAGUCCGUGGGAUCGAGAAAGAAAAGCAAAGGAAUUGGCGGAGUUGGCGAGAAGCGGCGUACGAGAAAGAACAAAUUCAUGUCAUUGGCGGCCCUCAAGAAGGCCAGCUCUAGUAAUGCAGCUGCGAAAGCCAAGUACCUUAAAAAGCUCAGGAAGGAUUGGGUUCCAAGCGCUAAGACCGACAAGACAUUGGAGAUAUUGCGCUCUAUCAGAGAGAAGAACCCCAAGGAGAAGACUCUGAUCUUCUCACUGUGGACGUCUUUCCUCGACCUGCUUGAGAUCCCCGUAAUCGAUGACGGAUUCAAAUAUGUGCGCUACGACGGAAGCAUGGAUCAUAAAGAGCGAGACGAAGCUGUCAAGAAGUUUAUGACUUCGCCUGACGUCCAGAUCAUGCUGGUUAGUCUGUCAGCUGGCAACGCAGGUUUGAACCUUGCCGCGGCGACCCAUGUGAUUAUCAUUGAACCGUUCUGGAACCCGUUCGUUGAGGAACAAGCCAUCGACCGAGCUCACCGUAUCGGUCAGAAGAACGAGGUUACGGUUCACCGCAUCCUGAUUGAAGGAACUGUCGAGGACCGCAUCCGCGAACUACAGGAAAAGAAACGUACGCUUGUCAAUGCAGCCUUAAGUGAAGAAGGCGCCCAAGGCGUUGGACGAUUGACCAUUGCGGAACUGAAGGGUUUAUUCGGUAUUCACUGAUCUAACUUGAACCGGUCCCAUAAUAGAUGAGUUGCGUGAACUCCAGAGGAUGUUCUCACUCACCUUGACCCUGUUAUCAGCUCUUGAUAUGGGUCUUUACGACUAAAGGAGGAAAAUGAGAAAAUCAAAAUUCUCGAUCACCUGGUUUGGUUCGAUCUCGCUUUUAGAUGGGUACGUUGGCUGCGUGAAGGAAGGAGUCUGCUGGCGGGAUUGUGCUUGAUACUUGGUGCUGGUAUGCCCCUCAGGUUUGCAAAUGUUACGUAGCUUGGCAACAAGGUAGCUUUUGAUGUGCGCUUAAUAACGAUUGAUUUAUGAAAAC